CCUGUGUGCCGUGUGUGAUACAGUGAACAUUAAUCGGAAAUCAAGGUGAUACCGCAUAAUUACAACGACUGACUUGCUAAGGGCAGAUAGCUGCGGCGGGUUUUGCAUGCGACGUUCAACCGCAGAUCAUCUGGCGAAGCCCAAUCAGAUAACAAUCUUCUCUGCACCAUCAAAAACAGAAAAGGGAGAAGGAUGAGAGGGUCGCUGGCAGGAAUAGUGGUUCUUUCGCUUUCGCUCUUGGCCCACGCUCAAAUGAAAGGACUCCACAACUACCAGUUGAACCCGAAGUCUUGCCGUGUAAACGAACUCGGUGGCCACUGCAUGUUCGUCUGGGAAUGCAUCAACAGCGGGGGUGUACACGUCGGCAUGUGCGUGGAUGCCUUUAUGUUCGGCACAUGCUGCGCUCACAAUCUCACAAAAGGAGAACUGUCCAGGAUCCCAUGGAACACUAAUAGCCCCUCGGUUCUCUACACUCCUCCUAAAUGGCCUCAAGGAAGUCAGAUAAAACCUCCAAACCUUUCUCGGCCGAGCGAUCACCCAUCGACCAGACCUCCGUUUAUAACCAGGCCAAAACCUUCUAGUCAUUACUACGAUAAGUGGUCCAAGUCUACGACGACGACUACCAACUCACCGAACGACGUGGAGGUGAACCAGGUCGACUCAACCUGGGCUUCGAACGGCAUCAGGCCCCAAUCAACUCCGACCUUCAUCACUGGGGGAAAACCGCACAAUUGGCCGACUGGGAGGCCGACGAAGCUGAGGCCGGCUCCGCCUUUGUCUACGGUGAGAACGACGACGACGACGACACGUAUGACGACGACGACAAGCACAACGCAGAGAACAACAGCAAGCACCACAAGGCAGACGACGCCAAGAACCACUACCACACCAUCGCUCAUCACAUCUCCUCCCCAAACUGGCCAUGGAAACAAUGCCGCUGCGAAAGGAGAGUGUGGCGUAGCCCAAUUGAACAGGCGGCAGGAGACGAGGAUAGUUGGCGGAAAGAACGCCCUUUUUGGACUUUGGCCAUGGCAGGUGUCUGUACGAAGGACGUCGUUUUUCGGCUUUUCAAGUACCCACCGAUGCGGAGGCGCGAUCCUCAACGAAAACUGGAUCGCGACAGCGGGCCACUGCGUCGACGACUUGCUUCUUUCCCAGAUAAGGAUAAGAGUAGGCGAGUUCGAUUUUUCUAGCACCCUAGAGCCGUUUCCUUUCCAGGAAAAGGGCGCUGCUAGGAAGGUAGUUCAUCCAAAGUAUAACUUUUUUACGUACGAGUAUGAUCUCGCCAUGGUGAAGGUGGACGGGCCUAUUGUCUUCCAGGCGCACGUCGGUCCUAUCUGCCUUCCAGGUAGCGACGAUCUUCUCAUCGGCGAAAACGCUACUGUCACUGGCUGGGGGAGGCUCAGCGACGGCGGCACGCUGCCAAGUGUACUCCAGCAGGCGACCGUUCCUAUCAUUAGCAAUGAGCAGUGCAAAAACUUGUUCCUGAGGGCUGGACGGCACGAAUUCUUUCCUGACAUAUUCAUGUGCGCCGGGUUCGAAAGGGGAGGGAAAGAUGCCUGCCAGGGAGACUCUGGAGGUCCUUUACAGGUUAAAGGCAAAGACGGCAGGUUUUUCCUGGCGGGCAUCAUCUCCUGGGGGAUCGGGUGCGGGGAGGAAAAUCUUCCCGGAGUCUGCACGCGGAUAUCGAAAUUCGUCCCAUGGAUCCUCUCAAUAGUUACAUGAUCGCUGUUGUUCUUUUGUACAUACAAUUCAACGAAUCCUAAUUUAUUCCGUGUAUAUAGGUGGACAAUACUUGGAGACUUGGUGUACAAAAAACUUCAACAACGUCGGUCUUUAGUUUAGUGUAGGAUUUUAAAAUUUAAUCUGAUAUAAUGUAAGCUUUGUGUUAGCAUAAUGUGUAGGAUGUGAUUAAAGUGCAUUAAAACGGGAUUCUUAUUCUUCCGGGGUACAGUUUUGCCCCAUAAAUUCAGUGCGUUAAACCGUGCCUUAAUUUACAUACGUCAGGCCGGAAAAACCAUGUAUAUUAAUUACAAUGUAUACAUCAAUGGCUCAUAAUUAUGUAGAUACAUUAAAAUUAUCAUAAUUUUUUUUAUAAAGACUAGAUUGUUUGUCUGUAUAUAUGUUUUUUAUA